UUGAAAAAAAAAGGGCCCAGAAGCACCAAGAUGGAAAAUAAGGAAAAGCGAUACAAGUGUCUCAUGAUCUCUGUAAGCCUUUCUAUCUCCUAUUAUUGUUGUCAUCUCCUUCAAUUUUCUUUUCAGACUUGCACACACAAACCAUACACAUCAAUGAGGAAAAUACCUCUGAGUUCACACUUAUUCCCCCGCUACCCUUGCUGCAGACAGCCCAUCGUAACCAUGGCGAUGGACAGUAAGGAGGCUAAGCUCGACGCGCAGGUCGAGGUAACAGUAUCUGAAGGCCCAGAGCGGCGACGGCAGGGAAAAUUCCAGCCAUUCCGGCGUCUAUUUGGGAAGAAGAAAAGGAGGGAAGCAGAAUGUGGGUUUGAGGGAUCUGAACUUAAACCUAGCCAUUCCACUGAUGAUGUUUGCAAUGGGGUGGUCUCAGUUAAGGAGGAGAAUGAUGAGUGUCCAAGGGAGUUAAACACCCUAGGGUCCAGAGCUUUUUCACACGAGAGUGUAUUUAUCCCAGAGGACUCAGAGAAGACAUAUCCAGGACAGACCAUGUCCCAGGAGAACGUUUCAGACAAAGUUAGGAACAUUCAGAGGCAAAUUGGACAUAAUAUCAAAUUUGGUCAGAGACCUCCUUCACUUAGAAAGAGUGAGGGAGAUGAAGGUAGUUCAGAUGAAGAAGAAGUACCACGAAGUCCACUGAAGGUUCUUGCUCAGGUGGAGAAUGAGCCACCAGAGACCGAAGCCAAGGAAAAAGCUGUCAGCCAUGACACGGUCCAGCAUAGAACUCCAGUCAAAUCCCCACGCACCAAGCGCCCACCUCCCCCUGGCACAAUUGAGUCCAUCAAUCUCGAUGCUGUCCCUCAGUCUGUCCCACGCUUGGACAACACUGCUGCCAAACAUAAACUGUCUGUCAAACCAAAGAACCAGAGGGUGUCACGCAAACACCGAAGAUUCACACAGGAGUUUCACGAAGAGGAUCUCUCUGAAAUGCAAGAGGAAUCUGAAACACAAAAAGACGAAGAAGUCUUUGAUUUGUCAAGAGAGGACUAUACCAUUAUCCAUAGAAGCAAAGAGGAUUAUGAACCCACUGAGAAAUUGAUGAGGCGACGAUUUCACGAGGAGGAGCUAGAACGCCUUGAGCUUCAGAGAAGGGAACAAGAGGAAGAGAGAAAGAUGGAGGAACAAGGGAGGAGAAUCGAGGAGCAGAGGCUAGAAGAAGAAAAGUGGCGCAGACAGGAAGAGGAAAGGCUGCAAAAGGAGGAAGAGGAGAGGAAGCAACGAGAGGAAGAGGCGAGGAAAGAAAGGGAAGAGGAAGAAAGAAGAAGAGAAGAGGAAGAGCGAAAAAGGCAAGAGGAGGAAAGAAUGAGGAGAGAGGAAGAGGAAAGAAGAAGAGCAGAGGAGGAGAGAAGGCAGCAGGAACUUGAGGCGGAGCGUCUUCGUCUGGAAGAGGAAAGAAAAAGGGAGCUGGAGGAGAGAAGGAGAAAAGAGGAGGAGGAGGCAGAACAACAUAGGAUUCAAGAGUUAGAGGAGAGACGGCAGAGAGAGGAAGAGCAACACCUCCGUGAGGAGGAAAGGAGCCAACAAGAGGAGGCUGAGAAGAAAAGACUAGAGGAGGAGGAGGAAAGAAAGAGGCAACAGCAAGAGGAGAAAGCUGGGGCUACUGACUCAGAAUGGAAAAGAAAAGCAGAGGAACUGAGAUGGAGAGAGAUGGAGGAGAGACAGAGACCCUUUACUUUCAAGGUAUCUUCAGGCGAGAAGCAGAUACUAUUCCAGAAGGUCAACCUCACUCCUGUUACUCCAUCAACUGGCCAACAGGGUGAAACAACAGCUGAAACCAGGGAGGGAGCCAAAGCUUCAUCACCAGGAUGCACAGAUUCACCAACUCUGUCUUCAUCUCUUUAUGUCCCACAUACUGCAAUUCUUGUGACAGGAGCCCAACUUUGUGGAACCGCAGUCAAUCUUGAUCAGAUCAAGGACACGGCCUGCAAGUCCCUUCUUGGCCUUUCGGAAGGCAAAAAGGCCAUGGGCACUCCUCCAACCAAGAGCAAGACUUCUCCAGAUCGUAAAUCUGAAAAAAACAAAUCCUUAUACGAGUCUUCCUUAUCUCCAGACCAAUCUAAUGCUGCUGUCCUGGCAGAAUGGGCAAGUAUCCGAUCCAAAAUUUUUAAAGGUGCAGAGGACGGAAAAUAUACAGAAUACCCAGAUCAGAGUCGCAGGCCAAUAAGUGAGGAUCUAAAUACAGUGCCAUUCUCUCACACCAACCUCAGGAAAACCAUGUCAGCCAGUGCUAAGUUUUCAAUCACACCAGCUAGAAAGAAAUUUGCUGAUUCCAAAAGGAACUCAGAGAGUUUUGGUCAGGAAGACAAAGAAGGUGUGAAAAUAGAAUCACCAUCUACGGAAACUCCCUCUGUCCAAAAAUCAGAGUUGCCCUCUUUAGGUAUCAAGAUCCAGAACAGAGGAAGCAAAGUUGUCCGCAUUGCAGAUAGUGCUGAAGAAUGCAUGUUUGCCAAAGACCUCCCCUCCUUCCUUGUUCCCAGUCCGCCACAUGGAUCUCCCAAGUCACAGAGGUCCGAGACUGGAUCCCCAAGUCAGGAAGAAUCAGAAGACCUGGAUACAAAGGAUGAAGGGGAUCAGAAGGAUCAGAGUGGUGAGCGGCCCUCACCUUUUGGAAUCAAGUUGAGAAGAACCAACUACUCUCUUCGCUUUCACAAUGAACAAUCUGCAGAGAAGAGGAAAAAAAGGUACAGUGCAGGAGACAGUUUUGAAGGUGUCCCAGUGCCUCUCACCUCCAUUGACCAAGAUUCUGAUACUUCUACACUCUCUGAAAAGUCUAGCCCUGUUUCUCCGCAACAAGAGAUUACCGGAUCUCGAACCGCUGCAGCACCCAGUAAAGAAUCUCGAAGUAAGUUGAGCAGAAAUACUCUCCCUUUGGCACGCACCGAAGGCGACAACUUUGUCCCCAAGCCUCCACUUUACCAAAAACCAGCUACCUCCCCCAAACCAUCUGAAGGUGCCACACCUCCACCCUCUCCUCUCUCGAAACCUGGCAGGACUUCGGGGGACAUGAUUUUACAAAGGACAGGGCAAGCAGAACAGGUAGAUACUGAGCAGAGCAGUGAUCAUAAGGAAGAAGUUGCAGCAUCUCUACCAUCCCAAAAAAAUGGACAAGGAGAGGAGGAGCUUAAAGAAAAGAAGUCAUUUUUUCCAUCCAUCAGCAUCCCAUGGAGAGAAAAAACAGAUCGCAGGACAGAACUCAUUAAAAAAGAAAAACCCUCUCUGCAGGCCAGGCACUCUCUGGACAGCUCACGGACACAGGAGAAAGAGACAGGACCACUUUGGAUCACUCUGGCACUGCAAAAACAGAAAGGCUUCAGAGAACAGCAGCAAAACCGAGAGGAUAAGAGGAGCCAGAGAGAAGCUAAGCUGGCUGAGAAACAGGCUAAGGACAGAGAUAGUGCUGGAAUGGUCAGUCCCACAGAGGAUAAGGGCAGUAGAAGUUCCAGCCCUCCCAAACCUCAAACAACAGAUGGGAAUAAGAGACCAGACACAUUCCUGGCCCGUUUUGAACGACGCGACAACUUGAAGAAAGCCAAUACCUUGCCCAGCUCAGUCACAGUUGAAAUUACAGACUCUACACCAUCUCCCCCAGCAACAAAAGAUGUGACAAAGCGCUUCCCUCCUGGUGACACUACCCAGGUUUCUACCGAGCCUGCGUGGCUUGCCCUAGCAAAGCGUAAGGCCAAAGCCUGGAGUGACUGCCCACAGAUCAUCAAGUGAUCCAUUGCCGCAGACCAGUGA